AGGGGUGGAAACUUUAUCAUGAUUAUGAACAAAAAAAAAAAAAAAUUCCAUUAAAGUAUUUGUUAGUGAUAUUCUUUGAGAUAACUCUCACAUAGAUUAUAGAGCCCCCUGACAUUGCUAAGACUGGUUUAGUGAGUCAGAGAUACAGUGUAAAGGUGUGUUUCAUGAGUGGCUUGUGUUUGGACGUGACUGCAGCCCUCCUUUUCCUCUUGAUUGCAGUGGAAACAGAUGGCUCUGCCUGAUACCGCCCACUGGCAACCAGAGAUCAGCACCUUUUCUCUCUCAAAUACAAGAGAUCAGUGUGACACACUAAGGCCCUUUGCGAUGAAGCUCUACAGCACUGUUGGAAAUACAAAAAUGACCAUAGCAAAACAUUUGCCAACAAAAAAAAUUAUAUUUCACUUGAAUACCCAUGAGUGCACUGGACAUCAGCCAUAAUUGUUGAUAAGCCAGUCAGGCUGCUGUGGAAGGUUUAAAUUGAAGGCUUUCCAUGACUACAAGCAAGUUCGUGGCAGAUAUCCAGAUUGUUCAAUGCUCUGUGUGAAUGAUUGCCUGGCUUGCAGGGCAUUGUUUAGUGUGUCUGCCCAUGCAACCCAUUUUGACAAUAAUUUACGGGGCCGCUCUUUACUUAGAGAUGCACUCGCAACAGUGAGCAUGGACCACUCAGUGGCAACAUUAGUUCAGAAGAGAGAACCUCACUGGAAUACAACAAUUUUUAAAUUUUAAUUGAGCUCCUAAACGGAUUAAUAUCUCUCAAGAGUGGUGUGGAGGCAAAGACUGGGGAGAGGCAGAAGAGAGGUGAACUGAACCUGAGGUCUGGUCUACUGUUGACUCAAUCUGAGGACUUACUGCACAGACAGGUUUCUUCAUCAUGGCCAAUCAGCCUCUACCACUGUCUCAGGAGACUUUAGCUCAGUUCAAUCGCUCCAUGUCCACAGAACCAGGUGCCUCGGGGCCUCCAAGGCGACGUCUGGGCUCUAUCUCCACUCGCCGAAGCUCCAAAGACCAAUCCAAGGACCAGCCCCACCACAGACCCCUGUUUCUCAGGAGCAUGACGCUUCCUUCAUCCGAGUCAUCGUUCUUGAGUCCCACUGUCAGCAAUUCUCACAUCUCCAUGGGCAAGCGGUUCUCAUUCGCAGGCUGGCACCAGGGAGGAAGAGUGAGCUUCUCUGGGCUGUACCUUCAACAACCCAUCCAGGAGGUGUAUGUGGAGAACACCUACAGAAUGGGGCCAGAACCAGGAUGCCGUUUCAAUGCCAGCAGGACCCAGCAGAUCUUACAGGCCACUUUGGAUAGUUAUUUGGAAGGUGUGUGUUACAGUCCUGAUAGUUGUAGCCAGCUGUGUCAGAUGUUAGCAGAUCUAGUUCUCAGUAAACUAAAAGAUGUCAAUCCGCCACGAUAUAAAGUCGUGUGCCAGGUGGUGGUCGGGCAGAGUGGUAAACAAGGUAUAAGGGUGUCCAGCCGUAGCCUGAUGAACCCCAACACUGACAACUACACAUCUGCUGUUUUCCAUAAUCACUCACUGUUUGCUGUGGCUUUAGUUCACGGCCUGUACUUUGAAUGAAGGCUAAAUCAACAGCCCUUAAUAUGUGUGCACAAAAUGCAUGCUUAAAAAAAAGUUAAUAACAUUCUCUUUAAUGAUUCAAACUAAGGCUGCAUUUAUUUAA